CCGUUCUUCUCUGCCUUCCUCCUUCUUGCUCGGUCAUGUUAGCGGAGCCCUCGUAAGCUUUUGAUCCGAGAGCUCCGCCGCGUCUUGCCGACCAUGGGGCGCCUCGGCCCCUUGGAGGGUGCUGCUUGGCUCCGGUCUGGGGCUCUGCUCUGGCUGCCUCUUCUUCUCUUGCUCCGGGGGCUGCAGGGAGACGCCAGCCCCGUCGUAGCAGCCCAGAGCAGCUUCAGUUACCAGGCGCUGUGCGGGUAUACGUGGGAAGCUGUUGAUCCACAGAAAAAUGUGCACUAUGAAAUAAAUCCAUGUGGUGGUGUCACCAAGUGUGACAAAUCCAGUGCUGUUUGUGCCUAUGACAUUAAAACUAAUUACUCUUUCUCAGUAGGCAACAUCUCACUCACAAGAAAUACCAACCUGCUCUUGGAAUUCAAUACUACAAAGCCUUGUUCACAGCAAGAUACUCAGCAUCAUCUACAAAGCAGCAUCAGUUUCUAUUGUGGGAAGACUCUGGGAUCACCAGAAUUUGUGGCUUCAGCAGACUGUGUGCACUACUUUGAGUGGAAGACAUAUGUUGCCUGCAAAAAGGACUUGUUCAAACCAAAGAAAGAGGUUCCUUGCUAUGUGUAUGAUGGCUUGAAGAAACAUGAUUUGAAUCCAUUAAUUAAGACGUCUGGAGGAUACCUGGUUGACGAGUCAGAAGAUGACACAGAGCUACAUAUCAACAUCUGCAGAAACAUAGGAAAGUCUAAUGCUACCAGGAAUUGUCCAGAGGAUGCUGCAGCUUGUUUGCUGAAGGAUGGCCUUGCCUUUGACAUGGGACAGCCUAAAGAUCAACUCAAGUUUGAAAGGAACAGGCUUGUAUUGACAUAUGAGAGACAGUUUAGCAGUCGGGAAACAAAGCCAGAAUUCUGUCAUGGUCAUAAUCCAGCAGUGACCAUUUCUUUUGUGUGUCCACAGGGGAGGAGAGGAGAGGGCACAUACCCCAAACUCACUGCUGAGAGCAACUGUCGAUACGAGAUUGAAUGGGUUACAGAAUCUGCCUGUCACAGGGAUUACUUAGAGAGUAAAAAUUGUACUCUGACCAGUGAGCAACAUGAUAUCUAUGUAAAUUUAGCACCACUCACAGAAGAUCCUGGCCACGUCUCAGCUUAUCUUGCUAAAGAUGAAGAAAAGUAUUACUAUUAUCUGAAUGUAUGUGGGAGAAUAACUACAAGCAACUGUGGAAAUGAUCGUUAUAUUUCCUCUUGCCAAGUCAAACCUCACACUAACCAGUAUAAAGUGUCAGGAAGAUUUACAAAUCAAACCCUCAGGUAUGCUGAUGGGGACCUCAUUCUAACAUAUCCUGGAGGGGAUACUUGCAGCUCUGGUUUUCAACGCAUGACUGUCAUAAACUUUGAAUGCAAUCAAACAGCAGCCAAUGAUGGCAAAGGAACCCCAGAAUAUAUAGGCGAAACAGACUGCACAUAUUUCUUCACAUGGGAAACAAAAUAUGCAUGUGUUGGAGAAAAAGAAGAUCUCCCUUGCAGGAUUACAGAUAAGAAGAAACACUAUGACUUGGGACGUCUGAUCCGCCAUUCUGAGUCGGAGCAGAACUGGGAGGCUGUAGACAGUACUCCUGUAGAAGGAGAAAAACAACACUUCUUUAUAAACAUCUGUCACAAUGUACUUCGGAAAGGAGGAGCAGCAAACUGUCCAGAAGAGGCAUCCAUUUGCUCAGUUGGGAAAAACGAUGCAAAAAACCUUGGAACAUUUAUGUCACCUCCCACAAAGGUUGGAGAGACUAUUCAGCUCAUCUAUUCAGAUGGUGAUGCCUGUGGGCAAAACAAGAAAAUCGAAAGCAUGAUAUCCCUUAUAUGCAAACCAGGUGAUCUGGAAAGUGCUCCUGUUUUGAUGAACUCUGGGCAUGAUGAGUGUUUCUAUGAGUUUGAAUGGCAUACUGCUGCUGCCUGUGUCCUGUCUAAAACAAAAGGCAACAACUGCAAGGUUUCUGACUCACAAGCAGGAUUUUCCUUUGACUUAUCACCCCUGAGGACAGAUAAGGGAUAUGCAGUAAAUACAAGUGACUAUAGCUUUUAUAUCAAUGUUUGUGGCGCUUUGCCAGACAUGCUCUGUGGACAAAAUUCAGCAGCGUGCCAAGUAAAGAGAAGUGAUGAAGGUAAAUGGAGCCUGGGAGUUCCCAGUUCUGAGCUGUCCUACUAUGAUGGAAUGAUUCAGUUGGACUACAAAAAUGGCACAAUCUACAAUAAUGAGGAUCACACUCAUCGGUCUACCCAUAUAACUUUCUUGUGUGAUCAUGAGGCAGGCAUAGGUCAGCCUGAGUAUCAGGUGGAAGACAAUUUCACAUACAACUUCAAGUGGUACACUAGCUAUGCUUGUCCAGAGAUACCCAUAGAAUGUGUUGUAACAGAUCCACAAACCAUGGAGCAGUAUGAUCUUUCAAGUUUAUCAUUAUAUGGAGACAGAAAGGAAAACUGGUUUGCAAUGGACAACUCAGAGGAGGGUGCACGCAAAAAAUAUUACAUAAAUAUCUGCCGCCCUUUGAACCCAGUCCCAGGCUGUGAUAGACGGGCAUCAGUCUGUGAAAUGACAUACAAGAAUGAUGCUACUGGUUCCUCUGAAAACACCUCUAUCAGCAACCUUGGGAUUGCCAGCCAAGGGCCAGUUAUCGAAAGGCCUGGCAGAAUCCUCCUAAACUAUACCAAUGGAUCUCUGUGUGUUGAUGACCAGGCUGUACCUUUCACAACCCUAAUCCAUCUCAUCUGCUCCAAGGGUACUACUAAUAGCAGCCCAAGGUUCUUGAUGAUUAAACGAUGUGUUGCAACAUUUCUGUGGGAAACAGAAGCUGCUUGUCCAAUCUCUGUAACAGAAGGAGACUCUCAGAGUUGUUCGGUAAAAGAUCCCAACAGUGGCUAUGAGUUUAACUUGGAAUCACUAGCAUCAGAAAAUGGAUAUCUAACAAUGGGCAUUGGGAAGGCAUACUUGUUAAAUAUUUGUGGACCUGCAAAAGACUGUGGGAUGAUUAGUGGUGGUCCGGCCGCUGGGUGUGAAACGCACGAUCUGAAACGCAUUCGUUUGGUGGAACUGAACAAAACGCUUCAGCUCUCGACAGAAGGAUAUCUGACACUUAAGUACACUGGAUCUGCUGAUAGUUUUACUGUGACCUUCAUCUGCAAUGAUUCCUACCCUGGAGAACUCAAAUUUGUGCAUGAAGAAAAAAAUUCUGCACAAAGCUUUGAUACCUACUUUGAGUUUCAUACAGCCUUAGCCUGCCUGCCUGCCCCAGUAGACUGUCAGACUACUGAUUCUGCUGGCAAUGAAUAUGACCUUAGUGACUUGAGCAAAGACAGUGAGCCGUGGGUUGCUUUGGAUACUUCAAAAGAUGCAAAAAGAAGAACUUUCUAUUUGAACAUUUGUAAACCUCUUCCCUACAUACAUGGGUGCCCCAGUGGUACAAUAGGAGCUUGUAUGAAGAAUGCAGACAAAGGUCAAAGCCUUGGUGUGAUUCAGAUAAGUCCUCAAGCAGCCUUAGAUGGGUCCCUUAGUAUUGUAUACUUGAAUGGGGAUAAAUGCAAAGGUAACCGGCGGUACUCAACACGAAUCAUCUUCCAGUGUGAUCAGUCUAUGGGAUCACCAGUCUUCCAACAUGAAGAGGAUUGCGAGUUUGUGUUUCUCUGGCAGCAUGUGGCAGCAUGUCCCGUGCGUAGAGCAGAAGGUGAGAAUUGUCAAGUGAAAGAUCCUAGGUACGGUUAUGUGUAUGACCUGACACCACUUUCUGGAAAGGAAAUGAAAGUAACCACUGAUGAAUAUGAUUACUACUUCAGCGUCUGCCGGGGACUGAGAACAAUGAAGUGCAAAGAUCCACCCCCAAAAACUGAUGUAGUAUCAUCAUGUCAAAUAAAGAAGCAAAAGACAUCUCUUACAAAAAUAGCAGGAUUGUAUACCACAAAGCUGACUUAUGAAAAUAGAUUGAUCAAAAUUAAUUACACUGGAGGAGAGACGUGCCACAAAAUAUAUCAGCGGUCAACAGCUAUAUUUUUUUAUUGCGAUCCUCAUGAAGGUUUGGAGCCUGUAUUUUUGAAGGAAACUGAAGAUUGUACUUAUAUGUUUGAGUGGCACACCCCCUUUGCCUGCCCACCCUACAAAUCCAUAGACUGCUCCUAUAAAGAUAGUGAUGGCAACUCAUAUGAUCUCUCUUCUCUUACACGGUAUAAAGAAAACUGGGAAGUAAUUUCAGAUGCUGGCUCUUCACAGAAAUACUACAUUAACAUCUGUAAAUCUUUAGUGCCAUAUCCAAGUGCAGGCUUCUGUCCACCAGAUACUGCAGUCUGCCUAAAGAAUGGAUCCCAAUAUGUCAACUUAGGUGAGGUGGCAGAAGGACUACAAAUGGAAAAAGGUAUCUUGGUUCUUAAAUACAUCAAUGGAGAAAAAUGUCCAGACCAGAUUCGUAAGAAGUCCACAAUAAUACGCUUGCUGUGUGAUGAAGACAGAAUUGACUCCAAGCCAGAACUAAUAACGGAAAUUGAGGAAUGUGAAUAUACUUUUCUGUGGCGCACUGCUUCUGCUUGUCCUCUGAAAAGCAAUGUACAGAAUAACUGCAAAGUAACAAACCCUCUUUCAGGGCACCUCUUUGACCUUAACCCUCUAAAGAGGCAGGGUGGCUAUACUGUCCAUGACUUCAGGAACCGGAGAAUAAUCCAGCUGAGUGUGUGUGACGAGACUAAAAGCUCCUGUGGUAGUGGAGUUGGGGUCUGCCUCACUGCUGGCCAGCAGCAAAUUAAUGCUGGAAGACUGAGCAAAAUGUUAACUUAUGAAAAUAAAGUGCUAAAACUUGUCUACAAAGAUGGAGAUCCCUGCCCUGCGAAUCCUGACUUGAAAUACACAAGUUAUUUCAGCUUUCUGUGCAGGAACAAUGCUGGGCUCAGUAGCCAGCCUAUCCUCGAUGCCUUUGAUGAGACAACAUGCACUCAUGACUUCUCAUGGCACACUGCUUUAGCCUGUGAAGAGGAGAAGGUGAUUGAAUGCUCUGUUGCAAACGGCAGCACAAUAAUUGAUCUUUCUCCUUUGAUUCAUCGAACGGGAUCCUAUGAGGCAUUUGAUGAAGAUGACAUGAUCAACUUUGUCCCAGACUUCUAUAUAAAUAUUUGCCAGCCUCUAAACACGAUCAAAGAUGUCAACUGUCCACCUGGAGCAGCUGUAUGCAUGGUUCCAGUGACUGGCAAUCCUGUCGAUAUUGGGCACAUCCCUGCAGUUCCCAAACUCAACUCUGCAACGAAUGAAGUUUAUAUUGCUUAUAACAGUUCCACUCCUUGUUCAGCAAAUAAUGUGCUAAACUAUUCUUCUCGCAUUGUAUUUCAUUGCAACAGAGGAACAAAUCUGGGGAAGCCAAAAAUGAUACACAAAAUUGAUUGUGAAUACCUGUUUGAAUGGAGCACUCCAGUUGUAUGCCCUGAUGAAGUGGAUGUUUUGGGCUGCUCAGUGACUGAUGAUCGGCUACACUACACGUUCAACCUAUCCAGCCUGUCCAAAGAGUCUCACAAGGUUUCUUCUGGGUCCAGGAACUAUCAUGUUGGGGUGUGUUCCCAUGCAGCUGAAGUGCCUCAAGGAAAAUGCAAAAAUGCAGCAGUAUGUUUGAUCUCCAGCAAGAGUGCUGCCUCAUUUGGUAAUGUAAAGGAAAUGAAGAUGGACUAUCGGCAUCAAGAUGAAACUAUUAUUUUGCAGUAUAAGGGAGGAGAUAGGUGCCCUCCAGUGACUGAAUUGGGUGAGCUUUGUGUCUUCCCUUUCCAGUACAAAGGCAACAGCUAUGACACAUGCAUUCAGGAAGGACAUGAGCGGCCAUGGUGUGCUACCACUGAUGAUUUCCAGAGGGACAAAAAAUGGGGAUUUUGUGGAAAUGUGACUGGGCGCAGAGAGUCGACCUUUAUUUUCAAGUGUGAUGACAGUGCUGGUAAUGGAAGGCCUCGGCUUUUAAGUGAGACCCUUGACUGUGCUGUAACAUUUGAAUGGAGAACUCAAGUUGUGUGUCCACCCAGGAAAAUGGAAUGCAAGUUCAUUCAAGAGCACAGAACCUAUGAUUUGCGAGUGCUCUCCUCUCUCACAGGAUCAUGGAUGUUUGCUGACAAGGACAGCUUCUACUACAUGAAUCUAUGUCAGAGAGUCCACGAAGGGCCCUCUGGCUGCCCCGAGCAGGCAAGUGUCUGUCGGAAGAGUCAUAGUGGGACUGUACAAGUUCUGGGCCUGGUGCACACACAGAUGCUGAAUGUGAUGGGUGAUAAAAUUCUUGUCAAUUACUCCAAUGGCCAUGAAUGUCCACACAGAAACAAGAAAGCAACAACUGUGAUAGAACUGAAAUGUGCAAAAACCGUUGGCAUGCCAGGACUGGAUAGGAUUGAUGAAGAAAAUUGUACCUAUUACAUUACAUGGGAGACUCGGGCUGCUUGUGCAGUGAAACCCCAAGAAGUAGAAAUAGAAAAUGGCAUGAUUAAAAAUCCAGCAACUGGGAAGAAUUUCAGUUUGGGUAAUAUAUAUUACAAAUUAUACACUGCCUCUGGUGAUAUCAGACCUAAUGGUGACACCUAUAUUUACGAAAUUCAGCUUUCAUCGAUCAAUGAUUCAAAGCAUCAAGAGUGCUUGGGAGCCAAUAUAUGCCAGGUUAAAACGUCAGGCACCAUGUUUAGGAAAAUUGGAUCUUCGAGCAAAACGAAAUAUUAUAUUCAAGAUGAUGAUUUGGAUGUUGUGCUGUCUUCCAACUCCAAAUGUGGUAGAGAUGAUACAAAGUUCGCGUCCUCGACUAUUUUCUUCCAUUGCAACCAGCAGGCCAAUGAAGGCAUCCCUGAAUUCCUUCAUGAGUCAUCAGACUGCCAAUACUUGUUCACCUGGUACACCUCAGCAGUCUGCCCACUAGCGAAUCCUGAGGAUACAAACAGCAAAGACUAUGCAGAAGAUCAUUUCCAUAAAGGCCUUUCAGGAAGAAGCCAAGCAGUUGGUGCAGUGCUGAGUUUGCUUCUUGUGAUUCUUACAGCCUGUUUAGUGGUCCUUUUGCUUUACAAAAAAGAGAGGAGGGAAACAGUAAAGCAAAAGCUUGUCAGCUGCUGUUGGAGGACAUCAAAUGUUUCCUAUAAGUAUUCAAAGAUAAAUACUGAAGAAGUAAAUGAGAGUGAAAUUGAGUGGCUCAUGGAGGAAAUUGCUUCACCGAAUCAGAAGUUGGAAAAUGAAGGGAAAGAAAAUGGCCAUGUUCCCAGUAAAGCCGUUAAAACUGAUACCCUCCCGUCCCUUCAUGUGGAUGACAUGGACAGUGAGGAUGAAGUCCUGACAAUACCAGAAGUGAAGAUUCAUUCAGCCAAGGCCUUCCAGUCCAAAGGCUCCCACAGGAGCACACAUCAUCAGAGGGCAGGUGAUCAUGCUGUCGUGCUUAAUGGAGGCAAGAAAAGCAAAGGCAGCUCUACUUUUGGCCAACAAAAGCUGCAGAAUUCGACAAAUACAGCAUCGUUCCAUGAUGACAGUGAUGAGGACUUGUUGAACAUUUAACUCUUUACUGUGCCUGAUCUAAAUUCCAUGUAUAUAUUGAAAUGGGACAGCAAAACACUUCCAACCAAAUAUGAAGACUUUAGCUGCCGGUUACUUUUUUUUCUGGCUUUUUGUAAGGGAAUGUUUCGAGGUGGGGGUGGGGGGAGAUAAAUGGUCAAUCCUAGUUGUUUACAAUGAUCUGUUUAGUGAUUGCUGGAUUUCUAGCAUCCAGUAAACUAAAUUUUGGUAAGUCUCCUAAGCCAGGAUUUGCACUCCUCCCCUCCCCUUCCUUAAAUUGUGAACGCUACACAAUGUUUUUGAAGGGUAGAAUUAAAUUUGAAUGAACUCUCACUUCUAGAUUCAAGAUGAGACUUGAAUUUUAACGCUCUCCUUUAUUUAAUUUAUUGCUCUCACUACUCAGGUUCAUGGGAAUAAUAAGAAGCAUGUUCUUCCUGCAGGCAGGGUAUUUGUUCUAGAGGCUUCCCUACCACAUGAAGUAGAGACGAGGGGUUUUCUCUGUGUCAGCCGGGUUGGUUUGAUGUACAUUUUGGAACUGGUCUGAUAAACUUGCCUGUAAAUUUGAUUUCUGUAUCCUAACUUAAAAUGGCUUGUUAUGAUUUGAAAACUGUUUUUACUGAAAGGUACAUAUCUCUAGAGCUUUAGCCUAGAACAGUGGCUGUUCUUUGCAUGGUGAAUCUCUCUUUGGUACUGAUCACAUGAAUCCUUUCAUCAGUAUUUUUUAAAAAGCUAUUAAAACGUCCAUGGAUCUCCUUCAGCUGUAGUUGGGCAAAAAUAUGGUCUCUUUUCAGAUGAGCUUGAGUCUUCCAUGUGAUUCUUAAAAGGGCAGAAAUUCACUGGUGCAGCUCUUUCCAUCAGAGUGUUAGAAGGCUGCAAAGGGAGAUUGGAGGGCAGUUCCUUUUGGAGUGUUUGUGCAGCUUAAGUGGCCACAGAGGGAAGCACUCCCAUCAUCUUCUGGGAAGUAGCCCUUCUAGAUAAAGCUGGAAGUCCCACCAUAUGGAUUCAUUUGUUCCAGACCAAGCUAUAGAAUGAAUCACUAUAACAUCAGCUUCACUGCCCUGGGAGAUUAUGGUCUGGUUAAAGCCAUGGGCCACAGAAGCCUUAAUUGCACGGAAACACAUGCCUCUUUUUAGUACUAGGUUGUUUGAAUCAUGGUAGGCAAAACAAAAACAAAAAAACCCAUCCAAACCCUUUGGGUAAUAUCUCUGAACGUUCCAGAAACUGUUACAUGUUGGAACCAUGGUAAUUAAACAGUUUAGAAAAGCUGAAUUAAGAUUUUGCUAUUCCUGCACCAGUUGGCACCUGCUCAAGUGUUUCUGAAAAGUAUCAAGGGCAAUGAGAGAGGUUCUUUAGACUAUGUACCAGUACUUGUACUGGCCAGAAGCUUUUCCUCAUUUGUACCUUUCCUAUUUACAUUGGUUUCCAUUGGGGAAUCGGAUUUAAUGUAAUGAAGUGUUCAAACAAUUUCAAUAAAUGAUACAUUAAGUUA